AUGCCCCUGAAAGGACGGACCCUGAGUCCAGUCAAACCUGGAGGCUUAACUACUGGUUUGCAGGAUACGGAUUCCUGCUGGAAGACAAUUAAAAAGAAUGCUAUUCCACACCAGACGUGUUGGCAAGACUCCAGCACUUCACAGGACCAGCCCUGCCCCCCUCAAACACCUGCAAAGCCAAGACAGCUCUUCGGCAUUUCUAUGAUGGACAUUUGUGGUGAUGAUAAGCUGCUCAACCCCAUUCUGAGUAUGCUUGCUUUUAUCAAUGAAAAAGGCCCUCUCAGGAAAGGAGUGUUCAGAACACCAACCCAUAUGAAAUCUGGCAGAGAACUAAAGGAGAAGCUCAAUUCCGGAAAGAAAGUGAACUGGAAUAGUGAAUCCAUCUUUGUGAUAGUGGCAGUCUUAAAGGAUUUUCUUCAAAACAUCGAAGGAAGUCUUUUUUCAUCCAGUCUGUAUGAUAGAUGGCUUGCUGUUCCUUGUCAAGGGAAGAGGGAGGAUGAGAAAAUAACUGCCACCCGGAGGCUUUUAGACCAGCUGCCAAGAGCCAAUGCUGUGCUCUUGCAGUGUCUUUUCGGGGUAUUAUACAACAUCAAGCAGCACUCUUCAUACAACGAGAUGACCGCUUUUGCCUUAUCACAGCAUAUAGCCCCGAGCCUUCUUUGUCUACCUAACCCUUGCAGCACAGAAGCAGGAAUGUACUUGAUGAAAAGGGUAAGGAGAUUUCUUAUUUUUAUGUCCUGCGGGGCUGAGUCACCACCUUGA